AUGGGUGCUGUUGUUCACGUUAUUGACGUUAAAAGUGGUAAUUUGCAAUCAUUAACCAAUGCAAUUGAAUUUUUAGGGUAUGAGGUUAAAUUGGUUAGUGAAGCUACAGAUCCAGAGUUGUUGAAAGCAGAGAGACUUAUCUUGCCAGGUGUUGGUAACUAUGGUCAUUUCGUAGAUAAUUUGUUUUCAAAAGGGUUCAAAGAUCCUGUUAAUCAAUAUAUUAAAUCUGGUAAACCGAUUAUGGGUAUAUGUGUUGGUUUACAAGCUUUCUUUAGUGGUUCAGAAGAGUCACCAGAAAGUACAGGCUUGGGUUUCAUUGAUUUAAAAUUAUCGAAGUUCAAUGAAAAUGAUGAUAACAAUAAGCCUGUUCCGGAGAUCGGUUGGAAUAGUAUCAUUCCUAAUGAUUUGGAUUCGCCAGAUUUGGACCUGUUCUACGGGUUAGAUUCAUUCAAAAGAUAUUAUUUUGUCCAUUCUUAUGCAAUGAUACUAAAUGAUACGGCGGAACAGAAAUUAAGAGCUGGAAAUUGGAAAGUUGCAAAGGCAAAAUAUGGUACUGAAGAAUUUAUUGCUGCUAUUUCAAAGGAUAAUAUAUUUGCCACACAAUUCCAUCCAGAAAAGUCUAGCACUGCAGGUUUGGAAAUCAUUAACAACUUCUUAAAACAAACACAUCCAUCUGUAAAUACAUACAGUGUAGAAGAAAAGACACUUUUAGGCAAUGAUUACUCUAAUCAUGGCUUGACAAGAAGAAUAAUAGCGUGUUUAGAUGUUAGAACCAAUGAUAGAGGUGAUCUUGUUGUCACUAAAGGAGAUCAAUAUGAUGUCAGAGAAUCCAAUGGUGAAAAAGAUGUUAGAAAUUUGGGUAAACCGGUACAAUUGGCUCAAAAAUAUUAUGAACAAGGUGCUGAUGAAGUCACAUUUUUAAAUAUCACAUCGUUUAGAGAUUGUCCAUUAAAGGAUGCACCAAUGUUAGAUGUCCUGAAAUUAGCAGCAAAGACAUGUUUUGUUCCACUUACCGUGGGUGGUGGAAUUAAGGAUAUUGUUGAUACCGAUGGAACGGUCAUUCAAGCCCUAGAGGUUGCAGGAUUAUACUUCAGAUCGGGUGCCGACAAAGUAUCGAUCGGUACAGAUGCUGUAUACGCAGCAGAAAAAUAUUACUCAGCGGGCUGUAAAGGUGAUGGAACAUCUCCUAUUGAAACUAUCUCAAAAGCAUACGGUGCACAAGCGGUUGUCAUCUCCGUCGAUCCAAAGAGAGUAUACGUUAAUGACCCCUCAGAAACCAAAAAUAAAUGCAUUAAGUCAAAAUUCCCAAAUGAAAAAGGGCAGACAUGGGUUUGGUAUCAAUGUACUUUGAAAGGCGGAAGAGAAUCUAGAGAUUUAGGCGUGUGGGAAUUAGUUAGAGCAUGUGAGGCUUUGGGCGCUGGUGAAAUUUUAUUGAAUUGUAUUGAUAAAGAUGGUUCCAACUCAGGAUAUGAUUUAGAAUUGGUAAAUUUGGCAAAACAAGCUGUUAAUAUCCCAAUUAUUGCAUCCAGUGGCGCUGGUAAUCCAAAAGACUUUAAAGAUGGUUUUGAAAUUGGUCAUGCAGAUGCUUGUUUAGGUGCAGGCAUGUUUCACAGAGAAGAGUAUACUGUCAAUGAUGUAAAGGAAUAUUUAAUUCAACAAGGCCUGAAGGUUCGCAUGAACAAAAAAUAA